UACUGUCACAGUGACAGUUUAUUGUCAACAAAUUAUUGUGAAAAUGGCGACGACUACCGGAGUAGGUUUUCGAUGGUUAGAUAUAUUAGAAAAAGAAUUCGACAAAGCAUGUGUCGAAUUAGACACAUCUCUAACAGAGUUGGAGACUGAAGAGCCAGAGGUGGUGUUUGGUGCUCGACAGAAGAUUGCCACUCUGAGCUCAUGUUUUGCGCAACUAACACACAAGGCCCUCACUAUAUUUCAAAACAGUGCUAAAAUUGAGGCUGAGCUCGUUGAUAUGAGGGCAGAACUGGUGCAAGCGCGAGCAGCGUCAGCGGGUGGUUGUCAGGAGGGUGGCGAUGCGGCGGGCAACGUGACAGAUGCGGCGCGCGCGCGCUCUGAGGCCGCGCAGCUCGCGCGGGAGAACGCGGCGCUUAGAGAGACCGUGCUGGCGCUACACUCGGAACUAUUCGGAGCUAGACUGGCAACAAAAUAUCUGGAUAAGGAACUAGCGGGCAGAAUACAACAGUUGCAAUUGCUUGGCAGAGACAUGCGAGCUGAACUACGAGAUUCAUUAUGGGCUCAGGUGGAAGCGGAGAUCCUGGUGCAGCGGCACAAGACGCUGGUGCGGGUGUGUCGCGGCGCGGGGGGCGCGGGGGGCGCGCGGCCGGCCGCGCCCGCGCCCCCGCCCGCGCCCGCGCGCCCCGCGCCCCGCACCGUGCGCGUGCGCCGCUCGCCGCAUCUCGGACUCGGCAUCUCCGUCACCGGCGGACGGGAACAUGGCGUGCCGAUCCUGAUCUCGGAGCUGGAGGCGGGCGGGCCGGCCGCGCUCACCGGCGAGCUCUAUGUGGGCGACGCCAUACUCGCUAUCAACGACGUCGACCUCACGCAGGCGUGUCACAAAGAGGCUGUUCAAGCGCUGCAGAGUGUAAAGGGAGACUGUGCGCUCUGUGUGCAGUUCAUAGCGACUGAUGAUGACGAUAGACUAUCGGAAGACAAUUAUAGGUUUCCCCUGUACCCUGAAGAUGGCGAGGUGUUUGGUGGGGAGCAGGACGGCUCGGGAGCCACGCCUACUGCGCCGCGGACACCGGACUAUAACAGGCGUACGUCGGAGGCGGGGUCAGUGAGCGAGUGCGAAUCAGACGCGUACCGCGCGCCGCCGCCCGCGCCCUACCCCGACUACAACAACAUCAACAACAACCUCAACAUCCUCGACAUGGACGACGACUCCAUCAAGAUCGAGGCCCGCCUAGAGUGGUCGGGCAUCCCGCGGCGCGGGUUGCGCGAGGCGUCGUCGGGCGAGUCGGCCGCGUCCACGCCCGUGCACGCGCGCCCGCACAACAACAAGAAGAAGCGCAAGCCGCAGACAGACCGGUGUGUAGAAAACUCGAACACCGCGGACUGGCGCACUAAGGGCGCAUACCGACCGGUCGAGCUAGACGCUCCCUCCUCAGACGAGCCGCAGACAGAAGCGCCCAGCGACAACCUGCCAGUUAAUGACGUGCCAGAGUCACCGGUAGCGCCAGUACCGCCCGCACCGUUGGAGCUCGCGCAGCCACCCCUUAUCGACAUCGAUUCAAAAGAGACGAAGAUAAACAAGCCGAAUGGAGACAUUAAACCCCUUAGGAGAGAAUCUAAAGGAUUCAGGAUAGGGUCGGCGCGGCGUGUGACGGAGGGCGGCGGCGGCGGCGUGCUGCUCAACGGCGAGGCGCACGCGGCGCACGUAGCGCACGCCACGCACGCAGCGCACGCGACGCACCCGACGCACGCAGCGCACGCCACGCACGCAGCGCACACGACGCACACGGCGCGCGGCCCGGCGCGGCUGCUGGCGGGCGGCGGCGACCCCGACUUCGGCACGCCCGUGUGA